UCAGACCAGUCCAGACGUCUCCUCCUCCAGCUCCAGACAUGGUCCGCGCUACGCUCCAGCUGAGACUGCUACUGGCCUGUGUGUUGGCGGUGGCCUGCGUGGCCUGGCCACAGACCGUCAUGGCCAUCGACCUGAGUCGCCUCUACGGCCACAUGAGCGCCAAGAGAAACAGUAAGUGUCCGUGUCCGUCUGUCUGUGGCUUGGCUACCUGUGGCACAAUCUGUUGCUGCCAUCGACCAACCCCCUCCCCUCCCCCUGCCACCCCCUCUCAUUGCACAACCGGACCUCACCGGAAUUUCUUGUUCUUUGUUCUCGCACAAACUGCACUUUUUCCUCCUGAGCUACUGGGGAACUGUCACAUGUACUGGUUAAUUUAG